GGAGCCCCCCCUCCCAUGGCCGAGCUCCUGCCCCAGCUGCCUUGGCCCCCACUGGCCGAAGGUGGUGCCCAGGUUGCAUCAGUGCCCCAAGCCAAGUGGCGGAGCCAGCAGCCACAAGGUGGCGGGGCAGAGGGCCCAGCCCCUGAGCCCUGGAGGCUCCUGGAGGUGCCCUCCAUUUACAUCACACCAUCCAGUGAUGGAGAAUCACCCCCUUGCACCCCGACUCCCCUGCGCCUGCAGCUGCCGAGGACCCCAGACCUGGAGAGUAUAUCCCAGGACAGCACCACCCCCCACUCCGGCCGGAGCACGCCAAGCAGCUCCCCAUCUCUCCGGAAGCGGCUGCAGCUCUUGCCCUCGAGCCGACCCCACCCUGAGCCUGAACCAGGCACCAUGGUGGAGAAGGGGUCAGAUAGCUCCUCGGAGAAGGGGGGGCUGCCUGGGACGCCCAGCACCCAGAGCCUGGGCAGCCGGAACUUCAUCCGCAAUAGCAAGAAGAUGCAGAGCUGGUACAGUAUGCUGAGCCCCACGUACAAACAGCGGAACGAGGACUUCCGGAAACUGUUCAGCAAACUCCCCGAGGCCGAACGCCUCAUCGUGGAUUACUCCUGUGCCUUGCAGCGCGAGAUCCUCCUCCAGGGCCGCCUCUACCUCUCCGAGAACUGGAUCUGCUUCUACAGCAACAUCUUCCGCUGGGAAACCACAAUUUCCAUCCAGUUGAAGGAAGUGACGUGUCUGAAGAAGGAAAAAACAGCCAAGCUGAUCCCCAAUGCCAUCCAGAUCUGUACUGAGAGCGAGAAGCAUUUCUUCACCUCCUUUGGGGCCCGGGACCGCUGCUUCCUUCUCAUCUUCCGCCUCUGGCAGAAUGCGCUGCUUGAAAAGGUAGGUCUGGGUGAAAAUGGAUGGCGGACUGGGGGGGAGUCCUGGAGCCAGGAGAGCCAGAACUUGGGGAACUGGAGGGCCCCUUAGCUCUCCUCCAUGGGCACAGGCCUGCCCUGCCUGCAGCUUCCUGUGUAGACCCCAGCAGGGGCUACCACGGGCUCUGGUGCCUGGCCUUGCCCCCACGGACACGUAUCCAUGGCCCUUUCUUCACCUCCACAAAUCCAAAAUGCUCUGAAAAUGAGAAGGUACCUUUGUGUGUGCCGUAGCAAAAUCCGACCCUGAGCUGACAUGGUUAUUUCUAGUCUACAUCAGCACUCUCUAAUAGAACUUUCCAUUACGAUGAAAGGAUUCUCCAUCCGUGCUGUCAAAGUAUGGCAGCCACUGGCCACAUGGGCCUGUUGAACUCUUGAAAAGUGGAUAGCGUAGCUGAAGAUCUGCAUUUUUCAUUUCAUUUCAUUUUGAUUCAUUUAAACUUAAAUGGCGGCACGUGCUUCUUGGAUAGCACAGGCCUAUGUUUAUCUCCAUGUGACCGUUCUUAUGUUUCAGGACAAAAAAUACUAACGUGUUUGACUGGGGUACAUCUUAGAUGUGAUUGUAAAUCAACAUAAAGUUAUAGUAUCUAUCCAAUAUUGAAUAUGCCAGUGAUUCUCAAAGUCUGUAGCUUCAGGAACCCUUUCUACUCUUUAAAAUAAUUAUAGACCCCAAAGAGCUUUUGUUUAAGUGGGUUAUAUCUACCAAUAUCUGCUGUAUUAGAAGCUGAAACUGGGGAAUUCUUAACCACAACAAUACACGAGCACACACUGCAUGAGGCCCCAGAAAAAGACAGCGUCACAUGUCACGUAGCCUCUGGAAAAUUCCACAGUAUACCAGUGUGAGAAUAAAAGCGAAAAAGGAAAGUAGCAUCUCAUACUACUAGUAACGCUUAACCACGCUUACGGAAAUGGUUUUGAUGUUAUGGACCUCCUGAAAGGGUUGGGGGACCCCCAGAAAUCCUUGGGCCACACUUGGAGAACCUUUGGUACAUAGUGCACUGGAUACUAAAUACAAUACCAUCAUCAUUAUUGGUACCAUAUUACUACAUGCAGGAUAGGCACUGCAUUAUCUUUCUCAGGUCCCCAAACUUCUUAAUCUUGACUUAUGUCUUGCCCCAGAGGUUUUGAGUAAGGGCCUUUAGACUCGGCCUAUCCCGAUGGGCUGGCCUCCAGGCUCCCCGGCCACGCUCGCUGUGGUUGCAUGAGUUUAGAUAGGAUACCGUCGGCUGCAAGUCACGGAAAACUCAACCACACGUGCUUUAAGCAAACAGAUACUGAAUUACUUCCUGAGUAACAAUAGUAGCUAAUACUUGGGGUGCUCCUGGGUACCAGGCCCUGCUCUGAGCAUUGCAGGCAUUAAUUCACUUUAACUUCACAACCACCCUGGGGGGGCAGCUGUUUCACCAGUGAGGUGUGGAGGGAUAGCCUUCCCGUGGUCACGAGGCAUUUUAUGUGGCAGAGCUGGGGUUCUGACCCGUGGCACUUGGGUUCUGUAUCAUGCUGACACUCCUCUAACUAGGGGUCUGGAGGCAGGCAGCCCAGGGUGGGUUUGAGGGCUCCCGUCCCUCGCCGAUGUCAUAAGGACCCCAGCUCUUGUUUAUUCUUCCACACUGUCCGCCUUCUGCAUGUUGAUAUUUUGUCCACAUGCUUGUUGCCUCGUGGUUGCAAGAUGGCUGCUUCGGCCGUAGGCAUCAUGCCCUCAGUCACAUAAGUGUCCCAAACGUGAAGGAGAAAAUGGGUGGAUAGGAAGGGCACUUUCCUUUAUCAGGGAGGGAAAGCCCCCUUUAAGCCAACUCCUCUUUGCAUGUCUUUGGCUAGAACCGGCUAAUAGGACCCCCCCAGUUGCAAAGGACGGAUGGAAAACUUGGUGUAAACCAGUUAUAAUUUAUCCCUAGGGCUGGGGAAGCUUUUCGCCCCAAACAAAUUGGGUUUC